GCAGCCCCUCGGGCGGGCUCGGAGGAAGAUGGCCGGGAACGGCGCGGCGGCGCGGGGAGGUGGAGGCCGCGGCGUUGUGAUUUCAGAUGAUUGGCCUGGAUAUAGUCUGGAUUUGUUCACUUAUCCACAGCAUUACUAUGGAGAUCUGGAAUAUGUGCUUAUUCCUCAUGGCAUUAUUGUUGACAGGACAGAACGACUGGCUAAAGAUAUUAUGCAAGACAUUGGAGACAAUGAUAUUGUCGUUCUCUGUGUACUCAAAGGUGGCUACAAGUUCUGUGCUGACCUUGUGGAGCACAUUAAAAAUCUCAGCAGAAAUUCAGAAAGGUUCAUCUCCAUGAAAGUUGAUUUUGUUAGACUGAAAAGUUACCACAACGAUCAGUCUAUGCAAGAUAUGCAGAUAAUGGGAGAAGAUGAUCUUUCAAAGCUGACUGGAAAGAAUGUUUUAAUUGUUGAGGAUAUUGUUGGAACUGGAAGGACAAUGAAGGUUCUGCUUAAUCAUAUAGAAAAAUAUAAUCCAAAAAUGAUUAAAGUGGCAAGUUUGUUGGUGAAAAGAACAUCUUGGCCUGAUGGGUAUAGACCAGACUAUUAUGGAUUUGAAAUUCCAGAUUUAUUUGUGGUAGGUUAUGCCUUAGACUACAACGAGUACUUCAGAGACCUGAACCACAUAUGUGUUAUCAACGAUCGUGGAAAAGCAAAAUACAGAGUCUGAAGCAGUUACACCCUCAUCGGAAGAUUUGUAAGCUCAGAGAAGCAGAAAUUUGACUGCACUCCUUCAAGCAUCUCCCAGAAGAGAAGCUCAACUCACUUCUGUUUCUGUGAACUCAGUGUAAUAAGGAAUUUACUCUAUAGAGGUACUGAUGAAUAUAUACAGCAGUGAGUUUCCUAUCUAAAAUCUCAAGUAGACAUUGAAAGUUGUUAUGUUUUAAGUACUAAAAUUAUGGUAUGAUUCCUUUUUACUAAUAAUUUGUCUCAACUCAGUGUGAAUGCAUCUUCUUUGUGCAAUCCAUCAUUCCAUCCAUUACAAUUAAUGUACUUCACACUGUGUUCACAAUGUGUUGCAAAGAAUUGUUCAGAAAUGUCAUUAUGUGCAUUAAGUUUAUUAUAGAGAAUUUUAGGAACUUCAGCAUCCAUGUGGUCUUGGCUGGAUACGCUGCUACCAAACUGAAAACAUCAUUUUGAUUUAGCUCCACAAUUCAGAAGUUUCAGCUGAAGUUGUAUGACUUCUGAUAGUCCAUAUUGCCUCUUCCAAACAGAAGUUCUAACUCAGAAUGCACUGAAUUAGAAUGCUGGUACAAAAUGGACCUUUGCAAGACACUGUUGAUCUGAGCUUGGAAGAGGUCUUGCUUUUCGUAUGUGAUGUGGGCAUAGAUCUUAUCAGUUAAAUGUGCUGAAUUUUAACCAAGAGAAAACAACACCAGGCAGCCUUCCAUUUCUGUGUAGUAUCCUUUGACUUCUGCAGUACACGAGCAAGUGAAAAAAUUAGCAUAGCGUUCUGUGUAUAUUUUCUUAAUUAAACCUCAUAAAGCACAAAAGUUUAAUGUUAAACAAUAAUUUAGUGCCAAUUUGAUUCUCAUGGCAUGUCUGAGUUGAGACUUUCUGUAACCAUAUGUCUUCUUUAAGGAAUACAGAUCUGACAGUGCUGAAAGCUAGUGUCAGAAAGGAAAAAAUGCGCAGGCGAACACAGGCAAUGAGUUAACCUGUGAAUGCAGUAGACUCUAGAGAUUCCUUCUUUCCCUUGUACAUCAUGUUGGAAGAAGUCUGUUAGUUUACAUGCCGUAUUUAGUUGAAAAAUUUAGUUCUAUGCUGCAUACAGCUGUUCUGAAUAACUUCCUGAGGGAAGCAAAUGUAAGUAGCUCUGUACCAGCACCUUUACUCUGAACUGCAAGAGGUAUGUUCUUAUCAGAUUAGGUUUCCUUUAAGCUAACACAGAUACUGUAAGAACUCUUCACAGUUGUUUAUUGUCCUGCUUGAGCAUAUUUUGCAUAUCCCAUAAAAGCUCUUCCAAAAUAUGCAUUUAAUUGUUAAUCUAAAUGUACCUUAUGUAUGUAUCCUGUCACUCAUAGUCUACUUGUAUUUGGAUAAAAUCCAUGGUGUUAAUGACAUGUAGUGAGAUCAAAGAAUUACUGUGAUUGCUAAGUUAAUGUUUUAGCCCUUUUUUCUUUACUCUUUUAGCCUAUAUUUUUAAAGAUUUCUGUUGAAAAGCAUUCCUUCAUAGAAUAACGUACUGCUUUAGAGAGGAAAGCACGCCCACACCUCUGGUGAAAGGUGUUGAAAGGAGUUUCAUCUUUUUUCCUUUUAUGAGAGUAUGAAAGUUUUAUUUAAUGUUUCUGUUUUCCAUGGGUUCAGUAGCACUGGCACGUGGUGCAGGCAGACAUGCUUAAGCCUAAUGCAGGAGAUCUCUGAGAUUGUGUCCUUUUAUCUUCUCGUCUUAAAAAGAUGCAGUCCAAUUCCCCUUGCUGCUACAAUCAGCCAACAGCAACAAAAGGAUGUAACAGGUGAAUUGGCAUGAAAUUAGUGUGAAAAUAUGGAGUGCUGUAGAUGCACUUCAUUCAGACUUUGUCAAAGUUGUUUCAUUGGAAGAUUUGGGUUGGUAAAAUCUACGUACCAACAAAAAAAGAACUUAAUUAUAGAAAAGAUAAGAAGAAACUGGAAUGUUUAUUCGAGUUAAAUUUAUGUUCUUCUGCCAUCUUAUUUUAAACACGGUGAUAAAGCACUAUAUGAAUUUCAGUAGUGAAUUUACAUGUGCAAUUAUACUGUGAAUAAGAGGUGUUUUAUACUUCUAAUAUCAUAUUUGAAUCUUGUACCCUUACAGAUCAAAGCACGUCCAGGCAAUGGGCCAUUAUGCACAUAUGUCUCAUUAAUGUUCAGUUUAGUUUCUCCAUUCUGUUCAGAUAGUUUUAAAAUAAAAACAACUUACUUUUUCUCAUGGCUGUUUCAUGGCUUAAUAAUAGUGUUGAUUCCGUGUGUCACAGGGUUCCUGAACUGAAAGGCCACUAAACAUUUUUUCAGUUGCAGUUGCACCCUAUGACCCACAAAGCAAUGUAUUUUUUUUUAAAUCAGUUCAGUAACAUCUGUUGCUGAAGAAGAGAGGAUGUUCUUUACAAUCAGUUAUUUUUCUGGACACUGUGUUCAUGUAUUUGGCAGGCAUCCAUUUUUAUCUCAGUUUUUCUUCUCGUGUUCUCUAUCUAACACCAGCAUCCUUUCCCUGCCCACUGAAUACAAAUUAACAUGGGCAGUUAUUUGGUUUAAAGCUACGUAAAUGUUUAGCAGUCUUCAGCUUUUAGAUUUCAUUCAAUGCAGUCAUGUUUGUAUGUGGUCCAGUUCCAAAACAUCUGAAAGUAAAGGAAUUUUAAAUAACCUGAGUGGUAUGUAUGUAAUUAUUUUUUUUUCCAAGCAUGCUGCUGCAUGCUGGUAUUUGUAGUUGAACUUUUUUGAUUGCUUACUAUUAGCGAUGUAUUUCCUGAACAUACUGUGUUAAUCUUAGAAGGUUUUUUUUUUUGUAAUUACAUUUCUAUGUGAUAUUCAGGUGUUUGCUAAAACAAACAAACAGAAACAUGUAUGUGGUAUUCAGAAAACCUUCUGACCUGGAAAGGAGUCAAAUCAUCACUCUUUGUGCACAUUAAAAUGCUUAACUUGGAGAUGUGCUUAUGACACGAAUCACCUCUACUGCUCUGUAGUGAGAAUAACAUUUAUUGGAAUAAAAAUACUGAAAUUUUAAA